UCCAAUGAUGAGAAAUCAUGUAAAGACGACCCGCACCAUGUGCACAACAAGAAAUCAUGCUUGUGUAGUAAACAAUGAAAGCAGUAAGAACGCCGUCGGACUUUCUUUCCCCACCACUCCAUCCCAAGGACAGGAACCAGUCUUUAAACUGUGUCUGAAUGCACUUUAUAUUAUCAGAAGUAGAGAAGCAUCAUAUUGCCUUGUGAAUUCAGACAGAUUGUUACACUGUAAUUAUGGCUGAUAACACAGAAAUUGAGGGUGAUACGGGUGGAGCACUCGAGAUGCAAGAGCCUACCUCUCGUCCCCCGCCUACCAUUGAUGAUUUAGAAAUACCACCACCUCCUCCAGAGGAAGCUACACCGCCAACACCACCUCCUGAAGAAGAUGGACCCCCUCCACCACCCCAGGAUGAGGACACACCCUCACAGACAGACCCCAACCCUCCAUUAACACCCGGUGAUGCGAUGAUACUUGAAGCUGAACCAGACCCUGAAGCACCCGACGAGCCACAAGAUGCUGGUAUCCUAGAUGCACCGGAGGUUACCGAUACGGGUAGCGCGGUGAUAGAUCACCCUCCACCGAAUGACUGUGGAUCACCUCUUCCUCCAUACAACAACGACAGCGGUGUGGAUGUUCCUUCGACGUCUACUGCUGAUGUAUCGGAGCUGGAAGGGAAGGACCUGCAAAGGGAGUUUGAUGAGAUCCAAAUAGAAGGCACUGAGGAUGAUAUUGAGAGCUCCAACGGUAUCCACAACGCCAGCACACUCCCGUCAAAGCGACCGAUGGCGGAGGCGACGACACCAAACACUAACCAGCACUCAAAGGUUACAGGGUACAUCGAGAUGUCCCCCGAAGAAACGAAAGCGGAAAUGAAACGGGUUAAGACGUACAGACGGGAAUCCAUCAUGUGGGUCACGAUCUUCUUUCUCAUCGCCGGAGCCAUUGCUGUCAUUUUCUACUUUGCAUACAACAUCACACAACUAUCUGACGCUUCACUUCCCGAUGGAGAGUUCAGAAUCCGAGCAGUCAUGAUUCUAGAUUAUCCCUGGGAAGAGGAAUUUGCGAUUUCGUCGAGUUCAGAACACAUGAUGUUAGCAUAUAAUAUAACAGAUGGAAUAAAUUCAACGUAUACGGAUCAGAGCUCGGCAUUCAAAGACGUCUUCCUCGAAGUAGAUAUGUUUUCUUUUUCAGAUGAAAAUGGUAUCAUCCGGGUAUCGUUCCAGUGCUUGUUCAGCGGCACUCCUUCAGAUGACAUAGGAACUAGGCCUGCCUUCAGCGAUCUCUUCAUCGCCGAGUUGGAGGACGGAUUCGACAACGACAACUUCUACAACCUCACGUUAAAAGACGAUGAACCGGUCAAUGUUGUCCGAUUCACAACAUCAUGAUUCUAUAGAACCGAUGUGCCUUGCAAAUUGUAUUACUUCACUUAAAGGCGGGACUGCACUAUACUUAUAGCUACUUGCGCCCUCUAUAUAGCAAACAAUGCCUAAGCGAUACCCGUUGGUCCCCAUGGUCCC